UUCUUUUCUUCGUCUCUCGGCAAAACACAGGAGGAAUACACGUGUGUUUCCGCACAUGUGUGGAUUUUAUUACCGUUUAAACAUAUUUACAUUGUAUUCAUCGACACAACGCUAAAGAUGUCUUCGUCCAGAAACAAGAAAACAGACGGUGUUGUGAAGGCUGAAGAUUCCGAUAACGAAGCGGAUUCUCCCGUUGUGAGCCGCACACGGAGCGGUCGCAGAUUACGGACGCCCGCGGCCAAAACUCCCGUCCGCCGGACCAGAAAGUCUGUUGUCCGAGAAGAUCCGGCAGAAAGCAUCGAGUCUCGGCAGGAGUCUCCACCAGAUGAAUGUACAGCAGAUACUAAAGGUGAUCAGUGCAGCCCAGUGACAGAAACAGUAACAGUUUGUCCAGAUGAAACUGCAGCAGCAGCAGAUGUCAGUCAAGAGUCAGCGCCGGACACUGUAGACCAGACCAGCGAGAAGGAAAACGUGGUAAAUAACACAGACACAGGGUCCACUGGUCCUACAGACCCCGAGAAAAGAGCCAAAAAAAGGACUCACUCAGAAUCCAGUGAGAAUAAAACUAAGACUGUGCCUUUUGGGAAACCCAAGUCUGGAAGAGUAUGGAAAGAACGAAAGAAGCAAAGGUUCUCUGCUCUGUUGAGAGACAAACCUCUGCGUACUUCAUGGGAAAAGAAGAUGGAGGCCAAGAGAGAGAAGCAGCUGAUGAAGCAGUACCACCAGCAGCUGAAAGAUGAGCAGGCCAAAGAGAAAGAGGACAAGAAGAAGAGGAGAGCAGAAAAUCUGAGAAGACGAGCAGAAAAUGAGAGAAAAGCGGAGAUUGUUCAAGUGAUUAAGAAUACAGCAAAGAUCAAGAGGAUGAAGAAGAAACAGCUGAGGAAGAUUGAGAAAAGAGAUACACUGUCAAUGGUGCAGAAAACACCGCCUAGUGUCAAGAAAGGCGCAGGGAAAACUAACAGCAGCUUGUAGAGGGUUUAUGAGGGAUAUAUGAGAAUCUCAGUAUACCUAAACAUGCUGUUGAUACAAACGUUUAGUGCCAGUCUGUACCACCUCGUGGAUGAACUGGCAUGAGGACCUUAAUACUAUAAAACUAUGGAAAUGUAAUGAUUUUAUAUCUGUGACUCAGAGAGGGCUUUGUAUAUCACUGAGAGGUCUGUGUUGUGUACCUGCUUCAGAUCUCUGGGUUUGAUGUAAUAUUUGUACAGCAAAAUGAAAUGCAAAUAAAUGUUUUGAUUUCAUGGA